AUGUUAAACAUAUGUUUCACUAUAUGGCAUGAAGUUGUGACAAGAAUCAGAUGUAUCCGUGUUAUUGAGCUCCAGAUUGCAACAGUCGCCAAUGAUUUCUCGUAUUUUACACAGAUUCAUGGUCACCAACCAAAUGUCAUUGUCUGCUAUUUAGGUUUAUCUGUGAGGAGUGUUGUUCAAGUUUUGUGUCAGUAUAUGCUGAAUACAAUGAUAUCUCUGAUUAUGAAGAGAGACAAUGAUCGCCAUAUUAAAAAAGAUUGCUCCUGGUCUGUGAUUGAGAAACAUGUUGUUUUAACAGAAGUUAGGGAUUUUGGUGAUCCACAUAUUGAUAAAACUAGAUGUUUGCAGAUCAUCAAAAAGCUUCCGUAUCUUCUCAAUCAGGGUGAAAUAUUCACAAAGAGUGAAGCUGCAGCUAUACUUUCAUCUGCUGUUAAUCUGUAUCGUUUCCAAGAUGUUCAUUUGAGAAGAUUGUUUCAUCUAAUUGCAAGGGAUCUUUGCCCUAUUGCAGAUGAGGUUUCUCUGGUUACUGGUGCCUUACUUAAAGACGUCAACACCGGUAAUGUUGCAUAUCGGGCGAAUGCUAUUCGUUUGCUUUAUCAUAUCAUGAAUGACACAUCCUUGAACAAAGUUGUGAAACUCCUCCAUGAGGCUCUUUGUGACGAAAAUCCUACUCUUCAGAUUGCUUCCCUUGUGUGUUCAAUCAAUAUGCUAAAGAGAGAUCCAAGGAUGGUCAUCACAAUCGAUCAAGUAUACCCUGAAGACACUGUUUUCACUAAAGGAAAACACGUUCAGUUCCAUGCCAUAUAUCUAGAAUUUGUGAUGGGAGAAUUACGUCAUACGCGAGAAGUACGUCGUCAACGAUUCUACUUAAUAUGGGAAAAAUUCGCUAGGCUUUUCUCUUGGUGUUCUUCGCCAUUGGGGACUUGCAUCCUGAUUCGCCGUAUUCGUCAGGUUGCACGAGUUCGGCCUGUCUAUUGGAGUCAAGAUAUCUACGAAUGCAUACAGUCUUGUAUCAAUGCUAAAGAUAAAAUGGUGGCAAUAGAAGGAUUCUGGACACUGGAAGGGGUGGUAGGCAUAGCUAGUUGUAUAAUUGAAGACAACAUUGGUGAGGUUUAGUGCUUACAGGGCAUU